AAGCUUCACAGGAUGCAUGAAGACACUGAACCCAAACAAACCUUGGGUCACAAAACUCAGUAGUGCAGGCCUUGUUUAUCUUCACUUUGGACAAAGAGUCAUCUCACAAAUUCUCAAGACCAAAGAAGACAAUGAUGUGACCCGUAAAAUAUAUGACAAAAUUUAUGAAAACUUUGUUCAGGAAAUUGAUGCUAUUGACAAUGGGAUCAGUCAGUGCGAUGGGGAGCCAAGGUAACACCGUCUACUUUUUACAGGCGAACGUCUACACAAGAAAAAAAAUUGCUUUAUCCCAGAGAUCUAUGAUACACUUUCAAAAACAUCUCCUUCAACUGCCUGAAUUUUGUUUAACCAACCUGGCUGAAGUGUGGGAUACUGAACCCAAUAUGAGAUCAAUUUAUUGUAUUCAGUGCCUUUUUACCUGUUUUGUAACAAGAUUUGCACAAGAGCCUAUAAAGACUAUGUUUUUGUGAAUAGGAGUGGGUAAAAAAUGAUGUUGAUAAAUGAUUGUUUAUUAUCAUUUACAAGUGAAGUAACAAUUACAUGAUUUUACAAUAUCAAACCCUCUAAAAACAGGUACUCCAUCAACACAAACUUGAGUUCUAGAGUGUCUCAUCUUAAUCCACGAUGGAAUGAUCCAAAUCCAGAUUCUGAGGUAUGUACAACUGUAACAAUAGAUAGGUAACUCUGUUAACUUAGUGAAAGGGGAACUCUCAAUUGAAUGUGAAUGUGGUGAGGUUUUUUUAAAUACACAAAAUGUGGACAAGGAAAGACACAGGCGGAUGACAGAACUAAGUGUAUUAUGUUAAGUACCUUUGCAUUUGUUCAGUAGUCGUUAAAUUGCUUGUUCCCUUGAAAAUGUGACUAUAUCUCUUAAUAGGAAGUCAUAUAAUGACUCUUCUAGAAGGGAAACUAACUCACUCAUUUAACUGUCUAACUCCUCCACUACUUGCAGUAAAGCUCAGUAAUGUAUUUUUUUUUAAAUCUUCAUCAACAGAAACAGUUUCAGAAGGCCAUGAAUUUAGUUGGGGAGGAGUUUUUAGACAGAGUUUGUUUUUACCGUGACUCCUGGCUACCUGCAAGAGGUCUGGUGAAGGAAGCACUGUGUAAACGACAAGAGGUACAUCUUGCUGUUCUAAAAUUCACUUCUGUGAAAAAAAUGAUGCUGCCAUAAAAUUCAAGAAACUAUUGCCUCACAUUUUCUUUUUACCCGGAAGACCAACAACACUAUAUUAGGGGGAAAUGGACAGUGCCCUUUCCAUAGUUUCUUUGGAUCAUGAUCAUUACAUGUCUGGGAAACUGCCCGCCAACCCCUUCCCUAAGCCAACAUCAAUGGGGAAUCUCACUUAUAUAGGGCAAAAUAUUGGCUUUGGGGAGGGGUAGGUGGGCAGUUUCCCGGAAAUGUGUAAUGAUCCUUUACUUUUUUGGGUGGAGCAAUCCCAGUUCUCCCUUGAGUAUUCAUGACCAUAGAAAGAGUAAUUAAGUAUUAUGUGACCUUUCUAAAAUAGGAGGGAAAUAAUACCAUCAGUACUUGGCCCUUAACUUAGAAAUAGGCUAUUGGCCUUAGAAAAAGAACUCGAAUGUUGGUUGUAGUAUAAACUGAUUGUGUUCUGUUCUUCUUUCCUAAUUGUCAAUUAGGUUGACCCUAGUGGUGAGAUCAUAGAGUUUGAAGAAGGUGGAUUCCCUUGGAAAGAACAUUUGUUUGAAUUAGAGAAAGACUUAAACAUUGAGGGGCAGGUUAAGUUUGUCAUAUAUACAGAUCAAAAUCACAAAUGGAGAGUACAGGUAAGUAGGUAACAUAAUUGAAUAAUAUGUCAUUCAUUUGGGGCCUUAACACUGGAGAACAACUCAUUAAACUCAUAACUAAAAUACAUGUAUACAUGUGCAGUUGCUUUCAAGGGCUUUGUCUUGCAGAUUUACUUUGAGCUGCAAAACUUCAAAAAAAUGCAUUGAAAGGUCUUUGUGCAACCAUCUUUUGUACACUGCCAGCCUCCUGUCCAAAGCUCCAAAGUUUCUAAAGACAAUGCACUAUAAUAAUAGUUGGGACCUCUUGUAAACACCCAAGUGUAAGUGUCUCAUCUUCGUGUUGACUCUUUGUACUACACAGCUGCGCAAACAAAUUUAUUAUCCAGUGAGUCACCAGAACCAAAUGGAAUACAAAUAGUACACAAAAUCCCCUAAAAUGGCAACACAAAAACACUGCUGUGGCUAAUGCUGAUCCUACGGUUACUAAUAAUGGUAGAAAAUUAAUAUUAAAAUCUUUUUUUUUUCCUGCCGUAGUGUGUUCCUGUCCGCCCUGAUUCCUUUGAAAACAGGUAAUCAUUAUGCAUGAUAAUUAUGUCCAUAACAGUUGCCACAGAAAAAAGGUCAAACUUUUUAGGUGUAUAGAAUUACAUGUAUUAUGCGUCACUGAUCUAAUCAGUGGCAGCUCAAUGUUAAACUGGACAGCUUUUAGACAUGAUACAGCUUUGGUGUCAAUAAUUGCUUUUUGCAAACAUCGUUUAAUUCUUUGUAAUUCAAAUUUGUGACGAGUGAAACAAAAGAAUCUUUUGUUUCAAAAACCUGUGCACUUCUGGAUGGCAUAAUACUAAUAGGUGACGCCAGUGUGAUUGUCACACAGGACAUUUAAUUUAUUGUGUGAUAAUGGCAUUUUACUACAACUACCACAAUCCUUCAGUUUGUGGUUUUCUUGUGCAAAAUUGGUUAGAGCUAUUGUCUAUUUUAAACCUCUGCAGAAUUGAUAUGUUUUAUUAAGAAAGGAAAAACAAAAUUGAUAAAUUGUGGUAGUUGUAGUAAAAUGUCAUCACCAUGAAAAUGGCUGUACAAACAACUCCUGACACUUGCCUAACAUCUGCUUCUGACCCAUAGGCUGAGCUUGUUGGAAGAAUGGCGUGGAAUAAGAGAUGAGCCCCUCAGUUCACUCAGUGGAAUUCAGGGAUGUAUAUUUGUCCAUGCAAGUGGUUUUAUUGGUGGCAAUGAGACUCGUAAUGGGGCCCUUAGUAUGGCCAGAAAAACUUUACAACACAGAAACACCAAGAACGCUGCUAAUGGGAAUAGUGGUAGUACCAGCUAAUGGUAGUUGCACUAAACCAGAGCUAUUACUAGACAACCAGAAAGGUACGUAACCAUACAGUGCCGAUCUGCAACAAUAUGACGUUAUGUUGAUUUAUCAUUUCUUCCUGAAGAACAGUCUGACUUAAUGGGUUAUUCCAGCAAAAAUCCAUAGCCUCCACCCCACCAAAAGGCACAAUUUUUUGACCCCCUCCCUCUCACCCACUUUCCACCCAGAUUUCUAAACUGCUUGAGCCCCCCCCCCUCUCCUAAGGACUUUCAAGUGCAAAGUCCCCCCUCCCAUCCAGAUUUCCAUAAACUUGUUAGAUAAUGUAAUUUUUAAUUUACAUGCAAAUUAUAUAAUCCUUUUAAGGGAGGAGAUGAAAUUUUUCAUCUUGUCCACCGUAGUUGUAAUCAACCAGAAAUACACUUCAAUGGGGGACAAAGCUGUUGUGACACCAUCAUCAAAUGGGGUACAUUUUGGAGAGGAAACAAUCCAGACCUCUGAGCUUUUGUUGUUUCCUGCAGGUGGCUUGAACAGCAACAACAAUGAAUUGUGUGAAGAGGAGUGGAAAAACCUCAUCUCUCAUCUUGUGGCACCCAAUGGGCUAACAUACCCUGAAGUGAUUGCUUUGGAUUCAGGACUUGAUAUCAGGGACCUGAGUACGGGGAUGGCAAAUGGUGGUGUUUGAGAAGAUGUGAUAGAAUACAUGUAAUGAUUUUAAGUUUUACGAAACACAAGGAAUGUCUCAAUUUUGACAUUAAAAUUUAUAGACAUCAGUCAAGUAUCUACAAGCCUCGUGAACAUCUUGCAUUAAUACAAUAAUAACUGUUUAAAGAGGGUGGUUAACUAAGAAAUCAUUAUUUUGAAGAAAUUGUCCUGUUUAUUUUUUAAAGAAAAUAAUC